UUUCACAGAAGUAAUAUUUUUCUUUUCGGAAGAAGAUCCCGACAAAGCGGCCCUGUUUCUUUUCAACUAAUAAAAAAAAGAGUCGAAGAAUCUGAAAACCGACGAUGUACGCCAGGACAAAUACCGGCAGCACGCAUGGAGACUUUCAAGAUAGAAACGGAGUGAACUAUGUGACAUCGACAGAGUCUUUCGGCCACUGCUCCCAAUUGUUCUGGAAAAAGGACCCCAACGACACCGGACCAAGUUCGACCAUCAGCUGGUGCGAUCAGCUCCCCUCGUCCUCGGCAGCCCUCUCCACGUCCAGCCUCUCCUCAGCGUCACUCUCCAGCUCGAGUCUCUCCAUGGAGUCUCGAGCGCCGGCGCCGGCGCCGCAGCCGGCGACGACGGCGCCCGACGACAUGGAGUCGGACGAGAGGCCGUACGUCUGCGACCUGUGCAGCUGCGCCUACAAGCACGCCAGCUCCCUGCUCAACCACAAGCUCACCCACAAGACUGGAGACUUCAGGUGCGACUUUUGCAGCAAGCCCUACACCAACUACAUGUCCUUGCGCAACCACAUGCGAAUCCACGGUCAGAAGCGCUACAUGUGCGACCUGUGCGGCAAAGCCUUCCGCCUGGCCCGGUACCUCCGCAACCACCAGAGGAUUCACGACGACGGGCCGAACCGCUUCGACUGUCCCUCCUGUUGCAAGAGCUAUAGGACCAUGCUGGAGCUGGCUCAGCACCGCUGCACCGCUGCUGCAUCCAACCAGAACCGGUUCAACUGCCCGUCCUGCUUUAAGAGCUACCGAACCAUGCUGGACCUGGCCCAGCACCGCUGCAGCGCCGCGGCCAAAAACCAGUCUGGCGGUCGCCGCUCCAAUUUCUCCAACGCUCGACGUCAACAGCAGCAGCAGCAGCAACAACAGCAGCAGCAACAACAGCAGAACAAUGCUAGCUCCAUGAUGCAAGCGCAACACGGAGGACAUGGCCAACAGGAACCUCUUCCCUCCCACUGCGUCUCACCGAUGUCCCAGGGAGGGCCGGGCGGCGGCGUGGCCAGCCAGUCUGUGCCUGACCCCCACCAGCAGGGCCGUCCAAGCUCAGUGUCCUCUCAGAGCAGCCAGCAGAGCAUGAGGAGCUCGUCCUCCAGCAAACACGUCUCCUCCUCCAGCGCCACCCCGUCCUCCUCCUACUCCCUGCUCCAGCCCCUGGUGCCUGAGGUAAAGGAGAUGAGCUCGGGAUACACUAGGCUGAGCGCCAACCCCAUGCCGAAGCACCAGGACACUUUCUCUCUGGCCCCCCAGCGGCCCCUCACCACCAUCAACCCCAUCGGCCACUCCCUCCAUCCGAACGGAGCGCCCACGCUCAAGCCUUCCCCCGUGCCACGCACCAUCCAGGCCAUGCCCUGGGAGCAGCGGUCCCUCUACAAUCAAUGAGACUGCCUGGAACCGAGCACCCUCCCCCUGCCCCCUCCCUCCCUCCCUCCACCUUCACGUCCACCACCACCUACGACACGACCUCCAAACCACACCCCCCCAAACCCCCUUUCAGACCCAGCAUCAAGGAUGGAUGGAUGGAUGGAGGACUGCCGGACGCCCCCGCUUCCCCCCUCCCCCCCCCCCCCCCCCUCCUCCUCCCGCCCUUUCCUCGUCCCCUCACCCCUUCUUUGGAACGUUGUGUUUGGGAAUGGGGACGGGCACCAUUAUGAACUAGUUGAGAUUGAUUACUGAGUAGUUAGGUUUAAAACAAUGUGUUGCCUUGACCCUCAUGUAUGAUCUAUGCCAUGUACUGGAUAUAAGUUAAAAUGUUUGUCCUCUAAUCUGUCCUCUCACUAAGAAUUUAUCUCUCCCAUCCUCCUAGUUAUGAAAAUAUCUAUCCUUCCCAUUAUGAAUAGUGUCUCUCCCCCCCUCCCCGACCCUUUUUCCAUAUGUUAAAUGAAAGCCUAUUUUUAUCAAAGGGUGACCCAGACUCCCCCCACCCCGCCCCCAACGUCGAGGGAUUCCCGGGCGCCAAGUAAAUGUGACAAAAAUUCUUCCUCGGUCCGAUAUGUUUAUGAACAUAACACCCACCUUUUUUUUUUUUUUUUUUUUAAAAUCUAAUAAGGAAUCAAACCUCAAACUCUUUCGACAGAGCGAACUUUGUGUAUAUUGUGCAGGCGUCACUCAAGCUGAUUCCUUUUUACCUCCAGUGUGAUCGCACACCUCAUCUCCAAGGACCACGACCGACCCCCCUCGGCCGGUAGCUCCUCUGCAAAACAUUUCAACGUGCACGCGGCCGUUUGGCCUCUGUGUGGCGCCCAUCACCUUCGUUAAGCUCUUUUUUUUGUUUUGUUUUUAAACUCUCAUCAGGUCGUUUCAAGUCAUUUUAGUUUCGGGGAAUCUGCUGUCGUCGAGAAAAGUCUUCAUCCCUCUCGUUUCAAACUGACUGUUACAGUGUUCCUCUCACUUAAAAGCACUUUAAGACAAGUGCUGUUUAAUUAUUACCGCCUCCCCCCAGAGCUGUGUCCACUAUGAAGAUGUAAGAUCAGCCUUACAUCAGCCCCCACCUCCUCUUACCACCACUCUCGUCCACCUCCAGUGACUCGGCAGCAGUGACUGGGCCUAGUCUGAGCCCGCGACACCUGAAACCACAGCUGGAAGCUACAGCGGCCAAAAUAUCCAGUGUAUUUUCAGCCCCCGGACCCACCCCAGCUACACCUCCCAGUGUUUCUUUUCGUGUAGGGGAAGAAGGAUGGUUUUAUUUAACACCCAGGUCUCCAGCCGAUCGCAGCCGGCCACGUUGAAGAAUUUUGUAAAGCGGUCAGUCGGGAGGAGUGACAGUUAAUUCAUGGAUCCAGUAUGUAGUUCUGUUAGAUUAUCUCGCUAACACGGUGUUCAUUGAAAUACCCUCAAUUCUACUGACAUUGUAUUUUCUCUUUUUAAAGUUGUUUCUAUUUUUAUUCAUGACAUGUUUUCAUUGUUAUUGUUGCUUUCUCUCUCCUUGUAAAGUGUCUUUGAGUAUUUAGAAAAGUGCUAUACAAAUAAAAUGUUUUAUUAUUA